CUUUGCACUUAAGCGGUAUUUGGGGGCUUGAAGUGUUUGUGCAUGGAUGUGGGGGAUUCUUGGGGUUCCCUUGGGGUUUAGGUUUUGGGUUGUUUUGUAACGUGGAAGUUUCAGUUGUAUUGUAGGGGUCUCCUUUGUGGUUUGGGAUGGUAGGUGGGCGUGUGAUUUGGGGAGCUCCCGGAGAGACUUAGAAGCAAAGUCAAGAAGCCAGGAGUGCCCGUGUUGGAGCCGGAAUGCCUGGGCUUUCGCCUUUCUCGAGUUCUUCCUACCUGUCUGACCCGCGAUUUGGGGUUAAACCUUUCUGUGCCUCAUCUGGACACUGGGACUAAUACACUGCCUGCUUCCUGGGGACCGGGGAGGAUUAGCAGGAAUUGUUAGAACAGUACCUUAUAAGCUCCAUUGAGCCAUGCGCCUUGCAAUAAGCACGUGUCAUUGAGAGCGCCAGAGAAGGCGCACGAGCUGGGGAGAGAAGCAGAGGGAGAGGGACAAGCAGACUCCGUGCUGAGUGCGGAGCCCGACGCGGGGUUCGAUCCCACGAUCCUGAGAUCACGACCUGAGGCGAAACCAAGAGUCAGAUCCUCAACCGACUAAGCCACCCAGGCAGCCCAAAGAGCUGAUUUCUUAAGGGCCUGUCUGGCUCCUCUCACCUCAGAUUUUCUUCUUCCGUCCAGCCUACUUCAUUCCUUCCUCCGUGGGCUCAAGUAGCCAUACCUGUGGGCAGGGCUGGGAAUUCUUGUCUUUUCAGGAACUGGCCUACUAGGUAGCCUGUGGAACCUCCCCUGACCAUCCAGGUCCUGCGAUGCAGUGAACCCCUGCUUGUCUGCCACCGUUCUCCGGAAUGGACCGCAGCAGCCUCCUGCCCUUCCAGCUGUGGUGCCCCCGGCCCUUUGGCACCUACUCGCAGAACCAGCCGCGCCCACCUACUGCAGCCCUCAAGCCAUCGGCCUGCCCAGAGCCAGGCAGUGGGGCUGAGCCAGACCACGGGCCUGCCCACUCAGAGAACACCCCGCCUGCCUUGGCCACAGAGGCCCCUGCCUCCCAGCCUGCUCCACUCCUCUCAGCAGCUGCUGCUGGCGAUGAGGGCCGAGUCCUGCUGGACACGUGGUACGUCAUCAAGCCCGGGAAUACAAAGGAGAAGGUGGCCUUCUUUGUGGCCCACCAGUGUGGUGGGGGCAGCCGGGCCAGCUCCAUGAAGGUUAAGGGGCACUGGGGCAGCGACAGCUCCAAGGCUAAGCGGAGGAGGCGCUGUCUUGAACCUACCAAGGCUCCACCGGACCCAGGGGGCCCAGAGGGGCCCCCCGCUGCUGAGGGGGCCCCAACCUCAACUGGUGAGGACGUCGACCUGCUCUCUGUGGCUGAGAUGGUAGCCCUAGUGGAACAGCGGGCCGCCCUGGCCCUGCAGAACUACCCUCGCCCCGGCACCCCAGCGCCUGUGGUCUUUGUGUCAGCUGAGCAGGGUGGGCCUGCCAAGGGGCUGGGAUCUGAACGGCGGUCUGGUGGUGGGGACUGCAGCCGUGUGGCCGAGGCGGUGGCCCACUUCGAGGCCCAGCGGGACAGCCCUCCAUCCAAAGGCCUCCGCAAAGAGGAGCGUCCUGGGCCAGGUCCAGGGGAGGUACGCAUUGCCUUCCGCAUCUCCAAUGGCCGAGAGCCCCGUGCACCCGAUGGCAGCUUGCCCAACGGGAGUGGGGGCCGGCCCGGUUGUGCCUACCCUGGCAGCCCAGGCCCCGGGGCCCGAGCCAAGGACAAGAUCACCUGCGACCUGUACCAGCUCAUCAGCCCCUCCCGGGACGCCCUGCCCAGCAAUGUGGAGUUCCUUCUGGCUCGGGCGGAUGAAGCCAGCGAGGGGGAGACACCAGUCCCUGCCAGGCCUGAGGACACUCCCCCAGCACCCCCUCCACCCCCUGCCCGGGACUGCGGAGCAUCAGGCUUCCAUGUGGAUGUGGUGGUGACGGGUGUGGUGGAUGAAUGCAUCUUCUUUGGCAAGGACGGCACCAAGAACGUCAAAGAGGAGACAGUGUGCCUGACGGUCAGCCCCGAGGAGCCGCCCCCACCUGGCCAGCUUUUCUUCCUCCAGUCCCGUGGUCCAGAUGGGCCCCCUGAGCCACCCCCGGCCGACUCACCAGCCACCGCACCAGGCCCGGAUGAUGCCGAGGGGACAGCAGACACCUCUCUGUGCCGCCUGUACCGGCACGUGUCACACGAUUUCCUGGAGAUUCGCUUCAAGAUCCAGCGGCUGCUAGAGCCGCGACAGUACAUGCUGCUGCUGCCCGAGCACGUGCUGGUGAAGAUCUUUAGCUUCUUGCCCACGCGGGCCCUGGCAGCCCUCAAGUGUACCUGCCACCACUUCAAGGGCAUCAUUGAGGCAUUCGGUGUGCGGGCCACAGACUCACGCUGGAGCCGCGACCCACUGUAUCGCGAUGACCCUUGCAAGCAGUGCCGCAAGAGAUACGAGAAGGGUGAUGUGUCGCUCUGCCGCUGGCACCCCAAGCCCUACCACCACGACCUGCCUUAUGGACGUUCCUACUGGAUGUGCUGCCGCCGAGCUGACCGCGAGACGCCUGGCUGCCGCCUGGGUCUGCACGAUAACAACUGGGUGCUGCCCUGCAAUGGGCCAGGUGGCGGCAGUAGUGGUGGCGGUGGUGGCAGCACUGGCAGCAGUGGGGGCCGGGCUGGCAGGGAGGAAGGGAGGUGAAGCCGGGGGAGGGGAGGGGAGAGCCCACCAUGCCCACCCCUCCCCCCUCCCCCGGGAGCUGAGGGCCAGAACUGGGUCACCAGCCUGUGCCCCCCAGUCCGGGCAGUGUUGAUCCCCACCCCCUCCAGAACUGAGAUGGGGUUCAGGGGGAUGAUUGAGAAAGCACUCUGAUCAACUGACCCCUAUUGAUUUUCUACUCUUCAGACCCAGGGCCGUUGACCCUCAAGGAGGGUGUUUUUUAUCAGCAUCUCAAUUUCUCCUCCAUUCAGCCCCAACCCCCUCCCUGCCACUCUCCACCCCAGGGACCCACCAGCAGGGAGCAGAAGGCAGCUAAUUUUGGUACUCCGCAAGGGUUCCCCCAUUCUGGCCCCCUCCCGCCCCCCCUCCCCCAGGUCUCUGUCUCUGGAGCCAUGUUCUCCCUCAAGAGGCUGCAGCAUGCAAGGUUGGCACCUUUCCUGACCCACCACACCCGGGCUCACCUCCUCUUUAGGAAUUGGGUCCCACGGGAUCACAGAUCAGAUGUGGCGGCCCUUUUCAUGGCAGCCUGCCAUUUCUAGACAUUGGCUCCGUUAAAACAAUAAAAAUCACUGUUUUCUCCUUAACCUAAAGCUACCAGUUUCUUCACUUCCCCCAGAGGGGAAGAGAAGGGGAAAAAAAAAUUGAAGUAUAGAUUCCCCUCCCCCAUCACUGAAGCUAUUAUCAUCGCUUCUUCCCUCCCCCAAAAAGCUGUGAAGCCCUUUGCCUCGCUCUUGACAGCGUGGGGGGCCGGUGGGCAGGGACUGUGAGUUUGCAUCUCUGGAUUGUUUUUACUUCCACUCUGGGUACUCAUUCAGGUGUGGGGGUCUCUCCAGCCUCAGCCAUACAUGUUUCUUCAGAAUCCUUUGGUCAACGGAGACCUUGAUUUUCAGGCAGUUUGGUCUGGGGUAUUUUCGUUUGUUCUGUUUGGGGUUUUUUGUUUUUGUUUUUUGUUUUUUCAUCUUUGUGGUUCUGGAAGCUUCUGGUGUGUGGCAUCUGACCAGUUUUGAAUUGGUCCUUUCUAUAAAAUCGAUAUUUAUAAGGCUGG